UUAGUCAGUUAACAUAUUUCAUUUCCAUUUUCGAAAAACUUCAAAUUCACAUUGUUUAAAAUGGAUGAGAUCUUUGAAUCACCCAGCUUCCACAAUAACUGUUGCAUGUUUAGGAAUAGGAAACGCUUUUUAAGAAAGAACCAGCGCAGCGUGGCCACCCAAUGCCCAGCAUGCGAUAGACCUGGCCUGUCGACGGCAGAAGACCGUUUUGAGAAUCGAAACAUUGAGACGGCCAAAAAGGCGCUAAAAAUUCACCAUUUGCGACGCGCUCAUGUGCCUGUCCGACGCACACCGUCGGAUCUCAUUCUGUCGUCAACAUCCUCGGAAAGCAACGAGGAGGAUCCGCGCAAAAGAAAAGUGCCGCCUGUGGCUUAUCCCAGUUAUAUAAAGCGUCGACCACCAUGCGAGUAAAUCAA